UCUCGUCCUUGGCAUGUUCCUUGGAAGGAUCCUGUGUUGACUGCAGGCGUUUCUGAAAAAGCACUCAAAGCUGCUGCUUUGAGGAAUGGCCUUUCUGAGGACAGGAAUCUUGGGCUGUUAGAAUUGCAAUUCUUCCCACGGCUAACUGUGUCCUUGUUUGUCUGUUUGCAGUUCUGGCAUAAAGCAUGUUUCCACUGCGAGAUAUGCAAGAUGACCCUAAACAUGAAAAACUACAAGGGCUAUGAGAAGAAGCCGUAUUGCAAUGCACACUACCCGAAGCAGUCCUUCACCAUGGUGGCCGACACUCCGGAGAACCUGCGUCUAAAGCAGCAGAGCGAGCUGCAGAGCCAGAUUCGCUACAAGGAGGAGUUUGAGAAGAACAAAGGGAAGGGCUUCAGCGUGGUGGCCGACACCCCCGAGCUGCAGAGAAUCAAGAAGACUCAGGACCAGAUCAGCAACAUAAAGUACCAUGAAGAGUUUGAGAAGAGCAGGAUGGGCCCGAGCAGCGGCGAGGGCGGUGAACCGGAACGCAGGAACUCGCAGGACGGCGCCAACUACAGGAGACCCGUGGAACAGCAUCAGCAGCCUCCGGCCCAGCCCAGCAGCCCUGGCUACCAGCAGCAGCCUCCAUCUCAGUCCUUUGGCUUCAAGGAGCCUGCAGUGCCAGUCUCUACACAGCGUAACGCCCCGUCUGGAGGAGGAGGAGGAGGAGUGAGUAUAGCCCCAGUGGCGCUGAGCCUGCCCAGUGCUCAUGCUAGGUGGGGGUCUCCGGAGUGGCUGCUAGCACGGUCAGCACUUGGCUGCGGUCAUGCAGCCUGCCCUAGCUGCUGCAGCUCCCCUUGCAUGCAGGCCUGCUGACCGGGCAGGGAGCAA